CCCGCCUUGCUAUUGCCUUGCCUCGGUCGGCUGUAUGCGGUUUAGACCAAGGGUGGCGCUAUGCCACCUAUUUCUGUACAGACAUUGUGGAAACCGGAUUGCUUGUGAAAGAGGGAGCUUUGUUGAAACUAAAAACCUCACGUAAACCUGACUCAUGCAUUAAAAAGGAAAAUUGAUGAGAGGCCAGUAGAGGACCGUGUGGACACAGUUAACGAGAAUGGAGUUCCCACAGCAUCAGAAGCCAGCGGAUGGCAAAAUCAGUUAUCCUCCCGGGGUAAAAGAGAUCACAGAUAAGAUUACCAAUGAUGAGGUGGUUAAACGGUUAAAGAUGGUGGUGAAGACCUUCAUGGACAUGGACCAGGACUCGGAGGACGAGAAGCAGCAGUACCUGGCCCUGGCUCUGCACCUGGCCUCCGACUUCUUCCUCCGCAACCCCAACAAGGACGUGCGCCUGCUGGUGGCCUGCUGCCUGGCGGACAUCUUCCGCAUCUACGCCCCCGAGGCGCCCUACACCUCGCACGACAAGCUGAAGGACAUUUUCUUGUUCAUCACUCGGCAGCUGAAGGGCCUGGAGGACACCAAGAGCCCGCAGUUCAACAGAUACUUCUACCUGCUGGAAAACCUGGCCUGGGUCAAGUCAUACAACAUCUGCUUUGAGCUGGAGGACUGCAACGAGAUCUUCAUCCAGCUGUUCAAGACCCUCUUCUCCGUCAUCAAUAACAGUCACAAUCAGAAAGUACAGAUGCACAUGCUGGACUUGAUGAGCUCGAUCAUAACGGAGGGCGACGGGGUGACACAGGAACUGCUGGACACCAUCCUCAUCAACCUCAUCCCUGCGCACAAGAAUUUAAAUAAGCAAGCCUAUGACCUUGCUAAGAUUCUCCUGAAGAGGACUGUCCAAACCAUAGAAACGUGUAUCGCCAAUUUCUUCAAUCAGGUUCUGGUCGUGGGAAAGUCGUCGGUGAGCGACCUGUCAGAGCACGUGUUCGACCUCAUCCAGGAGCUGUUCGCCAUCGACCCCCUGCUCCUGGUGUCCGUCAUGCCUCAGCUGGAGUUCAAGCUCAAGAGCAACGACGGCGAAGAGCGACUGGCGGUGGUGCGACUCUUGGCGAAACUCUUUGGGGCCAAAGACUCGGAGCUGGCUACGCAGAACCGACCGCUGUGGCAGUGCUUCUUGGGAAGAUUUAAUGACAUUCAUGUUCCAGUCAGACUGGAGUCUGUCAAGUUUGCAAGUCACUGUCUGAUGAACCACCCCGACUUGGCCAAAGAUCUAACAGAAUUCCUCAAGGUUCGGUCACAUGACCCGGAGGAAGCCAUUCGGCACGACGUGAUCGUCACCAUCAUCAACGCUGGGAAGAAGGAUUUGAACCUUGUGAAUGAUCAACUGCUGGGCUUUGUCAGGGAGAGGACACUGGACAAAAGGUGGCGAGUUCGUAAGGAGGCCAUGAUGGGACUGGCUCAGCUGUUUAAGAAGUACUGCCUGCACCACGAGGCCGGCAAGGAGUCCGCUCAGAAGAUCAGCUGGAUCAAAGACAAGCUGCUGCACAUCUACUACCAGAACAGCAUCGACGACAAGUUGCUGGUGGAGAAGAUAUUUGCUCAGUUCAUGGUCCCCCAUAACCUGGACACGGAGGAGAAGAUGAAGUGUCUGUACUACCUGUACGCCUGCUUGGACCUCAACGCCGUCAAAGCUCUGAACGAGAUGUGGAAGUGUCAGAACAUGUUGAGGGGCCACGUGCGGGAACUGCUGGACCUCCACAAACAGCCCACGUCUGAAGCCAACAGUACAGCCAUGUUCGGGAAGUUGAUGACCAUAGCCAAGAACCUUCCGGACCCCGGCAAAGCGCAGGACUUUGUGAAGAAGUUCAACCAGGUGCUGGGGGAGGACGAGAAGCUGCGGGCCCAGCUGGAGCAGCUCAUCAGCCCCACCUGCUCCUGCAAGCAGGCCGAAGUCUGCGUGAGGGAGAUAACCCGCAAGCUGACGUUCCCCAAGCAGCCCACGAACCCCUUCCUGGAGAUGGUGAAGUUCCUCCUGGAGCGAAUCGCCCCGGUGCACAUCGACUCCGAGGCCAUCAGCUCUCUGGUGAAGCUGCUGAACAAGUCGAUCGAGGGGACGGCGGACGACGAGGACGAGGGGGUGACGCCCGACGUGGCCAUUCGUUCCGGCCUGGAGCUGCUCAAGGUGCUCUCGUUCACCCACCCCACCUCCUUCCACUCGGCGGAGACGUACGAGUCCCUGCUGCAGUGCCUCAAGAUGGAGGACGACAAGGUGGCGGAGGCGGCCAUCCAGAUCUUCCGGAACACCGGGCAGAAGAUCGAGACGGAGCUGCAGCAGAUCCGAUCGACCCUGAUUCCCGUCCUGCACCAGAAAGCCAAACGGGGCACCCCUCACCAGGCCAAGCAGGCCGUCCACUGCAUCCACGCCAUCUUCCACAACAAGGAGGUGCAGCUGGCGCAGAUAUUCGAGCCCCUGUCCCGCAGCCUGAACGCGGACGUCCCGGAGCAGCUCAUCACCCCGCUGGUCUCCCUGGGGCACAUCUCCAUGCUGGCGCCCGACCAGUUCGCCUCGCCCAUGAAGUCCAUCGUGGCCAACUUCAUCGUCAAGGACCUGCUGAUGAACGACCGGUCCAUAGGAAACAAGAACGGGAAGUUGUGGUCCUCAGACGACGAGGUUUCCCCUGAAGUUUUGGCCAAGGUCCAGGCGGUGAAGCUGCUGGUGCGCUGGCUGCUGGGGAUGAAGAACAACCAGUCCAAGUCGGCCAACUCCACCCUGCGGCUCCUCUCGGCCAUGCUCGUGAGCGAGGGUGACCUGACGGAGCAGAAGAAGAUCAGCAAGUCGGACAUGUCCCGGUUGCGGCUAGCGGCGGGCAGCGCCAUCAUGAAGCUGGCCCAGGAGCCCUGCUACCACGACAUCAUCACGCCGGAGCAGUACCAGCUGUGCGGCCUGGUCAUCAACGACGAGUGCUACCAGGUGAGGCAGAUGUUCGCCAUGAAGCUGCACCUGGCGCUGGUGAAGCUGACGCUGCCGCUGGAGUACCUGGCCGUGUUCGCCCUGUGCGCCAAGGACCCGGUGAAGGAGCGCCGCGCCCACGCCCGCCAGUGCCUGCUCAAGAACAUCAGCGUGCGCCGCGAGUACAUCAAGCAGAACCCCAUGCCCCACGAGAAGCUGCUGUCGCUCCUGCCGGAGUACGUGGUUCCCUACAUGAUACACCUGCUGGCCCACGACCCGGACUUCACCAAGCCCCAAGACGUGGAGCAGCUCCGUGACAUCAAGGAGUGUCUGUGGUUCAUGCUGGAGGUGCUGAUGACCAAGAACGAGAACAACAGCCACGCCUUCCUCCGGAAGAUGGUGGAGAACAUCAAGCAGACCAGGGACGCGCAGUCGCCCGACGACCCCAAAACCAACGAGAAGCUGUACAUCGUCUGCGACGUGGCGCUCUUCGUCAUCGUCAACAAGAGCACCGCCUGCCACCUGGACUCGCCCAAAGACCCCGUGCUGCCCACCAAGUUCUACACGCCGCCCGAUAAGGACUUCAAAAACGACAAAGAUUACCUGUCGUCUGAAGCCAGGACGGUCCUCCUGACGGGGAAGCCCAAACCCGCAGGAGUGCUGGGCGCGGUGAACAAGCCGCUGACGGCGACGGGGAGGAGGCCCUACACCAAGAGCACGCCCUCCGAGACGGCCAGCAACGUCAGCAGCAACUCGGAGCCCAGCUCCCCGGCGGGAAACAGGGCGAGGGAGGUGGGUACAGAGCCCUUGGAAAUGGGCGCGAGGGAGAACGAGGAGAAUCCGGUGAACGUGGUAAACGCUGACGUGGAGAUGAAGGACGUGAAUUCGGAGGCGGGCCAGGGCAGCGGGAACCAGAGGGGGAAGAAGCAGGGGGCGUCGGCGCCCCCCGCCAACGGCAGCGAGAACAGCGCGGCCCCCAACGAGAAGGCGGGGGCGCAGCCGGUCCCCAACAAGCCCCGGCGAGGACGGCCCCCCAAGUCGCUAACCGCCAGCGCGGAGAAAGAGGGCGGGACCGGGGCGGGGCGGGGCAGGAAGAGGGCGGCGGCUGCGGCGGCGGCCCAGGACAGCACCGUCAGCCCCACCGUGCAGCCAAUCACCAUCAAGAUACCAAAACAGCAGAAGGAAACAGACAGCAAUAGGCCACAGAGACAGGUGGACCUGCAGAGGUAAAAAGAAAAUGGCCGCAGAAGCGUAGGUGGUAGGAGAGAUGACCUGCCUGUUUCAGGACCCGUCAGACCUGGUUGUACAGACAUUCUUCCCUUUGACUCUUAAAUAGCUCUUCUGGUCCCCGAACGGGUCCCAAACCUCUCUCGGACACACACACACACACACACCUAGCCGCUGCUUCCUAAACCCCCACGGGCGAAGCAAGCGCUCUCCUCAGCGGAGAAAAAGUAUCCGAAAGGAAGAGUAAAAAAAAAAAAUCUAAUUGGAAAGGGUUCAAACCCAGUACGUAGGCCCGGACAGCCAUCUGCUCGCUGUGGGUGCUGAUCUUCGCUCCACUGGACACGCCUUUUUUACCCAUAGCCUUUUCCCAUUUAAAUUCAGCCCACAGCGCCAUGUUAAACCCAUAAUACCUUCCGUGUGUUUUCGUCAUGUCUGACUUUACUCUCUAAGUGUAGAUGUUAUAAUCCCUCAGGUUCAUCACCGUUUUAAUUUUCAUUCUUUUAAAAAAACGGGAACUGCGGAAAGCCGGUUUACCGUUGGUUUUAAGCUCAAGUCGCCAUACCGACAAAGCAUUUGAAGCCAGGCGUCUGUGACUGGAUUCGUCCGCAGAGAUGAGAAUUGUAGGCUGUGGAGUGUUUCUGCAUGAAGAACGCCUGAGGCCGAGUCCAAUAGGCAGGCUGUUUUUGCAGUGGCGUAGAGGGCCAAUGAAGUACGCUUGCAGGGGGUUUCCACUGACUGACUAAACUUCAUCUCCCAUCAUCCCUACUGUGAAGUCUUCGAUGGAUGAUCACUGUGGCAGUUAUCUCCUGUACUUCCUGAAUAACGCAAAGACACGGGCACGUUGUUAUGGCCGCACUUGUCGAGUGAAAAUAGGCACUUUUAGUCGGGGGGGGGCUCAAACAUUAAAAAGGGAGGGGUUGUGUUCAUAUUAGGAUUUUGUCACCGAUUCUGGGGGCACAUUUAGUUAUAUUUGCCCCCCACCUGUACAGGGGGGUGUUCAGGCCCGGACACACGAACCCCGAACACACAUGGCUUUUCGUUUUCCUGGUCUUUAACUGCUUGUUCUAGUUUCCGGCUGUGUUCCGAUGUUAACAUUCCCCCAGACUCGCGUCUCUUACAGAAGUAGUUCCUCACAUAAAUUUUAGCCACGUGGAAAGAAUUGUUGGGGGGUGGGGGGAGGGGGGAGGGGGGGUUCUAGCAGGUGACUGUGGUUUCCUUUUACGAGGCCUUUUAUUUGUAACUUAGUGCAGAUUUUACAUUUUUGUAUCGAAAUGAGGAGUUUGCAAAAUAAAAUGUACAUUUUUUCUUCUGGGAAACUGUUAUGCUUAAGAAGAGGUUUUGAAUAAAAAAAUUUUUAAAAGCCAUCUUGGAAUUUGGAUGCUUGCAAAAAAAAUAAACAUUGAAUUCAUAACU